AAAACUGGAGGUUCCCAAAAUGGAGCAACACUUCCAACACAUCCGUCUACAAAAACACGGAUUUUGGCCGCUUCCCUUCAGAAUCUGGAAGUGCAACCAGUUCGAAAACAUCACUAACACCUUUGGCGUAACUUGAGGCUACAAAAAUGUUGCUCGAUGUGUACAUUAAGUUGACUUCGGGUCGUGUUUUCCACAUGCCCGUGUCGGCCUACGAGACGGUACGAGCCGUGUGCGAGAAGGUCGCGACGGAGGAAGGGGUGUCUGCGAGCUGUUUACGGCUGAAAUACACGGGCAAGGUGCUCAACAAAGAUCACACCAUGGACUAUCUCGGAGUUCGACCGGAGACUAUUCUAAAAGCUGACAUCAUACAAACAAAGUCUCUGACGAUCCUCAUCAAAUGCCCCACCGGUGAGACGAUUCCCCUCACGAUCCAAAACAUCACCACGCUGUCCGAAAUCAUCGCAAGAAUCAAAGACAAGCAAAACAAGCAGGGACCAACCGACAGCAAAAUCUACAAACUGAAACUGAAAGGCAAGUUCUUGUCCGGAGAUAGAACUCUCGCUGAGGACCUUGGGAUCGAAGAUGAAGGGGUGUUGGAGCUCGUGGAGCAAGCUGCUGCAGCAACCUACAACGAGGAAGAAGUUGUCGAAGAAGAGUUGGAUCAAGCAACUCUCGAUGAGUUGCUGGCCAAUUUUGCCGAUGGUUUGGACAAGAACCGUAAAGUUGAAGUCGUCUUCUCCUUCGACACAACUGGUAGCAUGUAUGGAUCUCUUAGUGAGGUGAGAAAUAAGCUUGAUACCACUGUUUCCCGCCUGCUGAGGGAUAUUCCAAGCAUACGGAUCGGCAUCAUGUCGCACGGCGACUACUGCGAUCAGAACAUCUACGUGAUUCGCUCUAUCGACCUGACCUCCAACACGGACGACCUGCUAGGUUACAUCAACAACGUCCCGCGGACCGGGGGCGAGGGCCCUUAUGCAUGCUAUGAGUGGGUGUUGCAUAAGGCCCAGGAACUGUCGUGGAGUGAAGACGCGGCGAAGGCACUCGUCAUCAUCGGAGAUGUUAAACCCCACGCCGUCAGCCACACAGACCAGCGGAUUAAUUGGCACGAAGAGCUGGACAAACUCUGCAAAAUGGACGUCAAGAUCUACGGAGUCCAAGUUACGAACUACGGCUCUGACAAGUACUUCUACAAGGAAAUGGCUGCAAGGUCAAACGGAGCUUACAUCAAGUUCCAACAUUUCAACUAUCUGACGGACAUGUUCCUCGCUGUUUGUUAUCGUGAAGCAGGGGAGGAGCAACUCCAGCAGUAUGCUGAGGAGGUGAAACAGGAAGGCAGGAUGACCGAGGAACUGACAGACAUGUUCACGCAGCUGGAGGAAAACCCAACGAAAUCGGCAAUGGAGAAAAGCGAAGACGACACAGAGGAAAACAAAGAGGAUGAUGGCCCUAGGUAUGUGCAAGAACCAUGGUGGGACCCCGAGUUGGACCACGGACAGCCCGUCUACACCUACUCACUAGAAGAGGACUGCUGGACACGUUUUGGCACGUCUUUCUCCACACCAGCUGCUGGCUCCGCCCAGCUCAACAACCAGACGGGAUCAAGAAUCAGGCGAAGUAUGAGAUGGAAAGGCAAGAAAGGAAGCAAGCGAUGUGCAAUCAUGUGAAACAAACGUGGACAGAAAUUUUUUUCUAAAGGACAUGAAGUCAAAUAAUUUAAUUUUUGUUUAAGACCAUUUUUCAUGUAUCUCUUUUUUUAAAGUGUUCGUGCUGAAUAUGGUUGAAAAAAUUGAUGUAAGGCCAAAAAAAAAAA